CAAGGAGCGGCCUUAAGCUCAACUCGAAUACAAACAGGCUCAAGUUCACACAGACAGAAAGAAUUCCCAGCUCCUCAGUUUCUAGGCAUCCCAUUUCUGCAAAUCCCAAACAAUUUAAUCAAUUAUAAGUCUUAACAAACUUCUAAAUUUUACUUUACUUAUUUUUCUUUAAGCAAUAAACACUUAUUUUAAACUCACCUAAACGCGUCUCAGUCAAUUUCACACAGAAUUCCAAACUACUCAGUUUCACAAGAAAAAAUUUCCCAGCUACUCAGUUUUUACUUUCUAGGCAUCCCAUUUCUGCAAAUCGCAGCUCAAAGAGGCUUGAACGAUGUUGUCAGUGAAGAGAGGAGCUCAGACACUAGCCACUGCUCAUUUUCAUGCUCUCACUUCAUUCACUUUGAUGCCUCCAAUUGUAAGCACCCCUUCUCUUUUACUCCAUUCUCAUUUUCUUCUUUUCUCUACCAAGCCUAACCCUAAUUCACAACCCAAAGCCCCCUUUAUUCCUUCUCCAUCUACCACUUAUCCGGAGCUAAAACAAUUACUCUAUCGUAAAUCCAAGGUUGGUUUCAAUAAACUCGACGAUGCUCUUCUUGUGUUUGAUCAAAUGCUUGGUCUGAAAUCUAGGCUUUCUGUUGUGGAUUUCACACAACUAUUAACCGCCCUCGUUCGGAUGGAAGAGUACUCUGUUGCCAUAUCCAUGUUUAGAGAAUUGCGUGUUUUAAGCAUUCCUGUUAAUAUUGUUACCUUUAAUACUGCCAUCCAUUCCUGCUGUCACUUGAAUCCACUUGAUUAUGCCUUUUCAUUGCUUGCUGGAAUCAUCAAGAGUGGUUGGGUGCCCGAUCUCUUUACCUACAACACUCUCAUCAAGGGCCUUCUAUCUCAAGACAGGCCUUUGGAGGCUGGGGAUUUGUUUAAGAAGCUUAUCAAAUUUCAAGAAAUUCAGCCCAGUGUAGUUACGUAUAACACCAUCAUUGACGGUCUCUGCAAAACUUCAAAUACCUCCAUGGCUCUCAAGUUGUUAAGAAAGAUGGAGGAGAUAGGUUGUAACCCCGAUGCGGUAACUUAUACCUCAAUUAUUGAUUCUUUGUGCAAAGAGGGACGAGUUGAUCAUGCAUUGGAUCUUGUGUCUGAAAUGACCCACAAAGGCAUAUCACCAGAUGUUAUAACCUAUAACAGAUUACUUCAAGGUCUGUGCAGCUCCAGCCGGUGGGAGGACAUUGGGCCGUUGUUAAGUGAGAUGGGUGUUAGGAAGAUCUCUCCUGAUCUGCACACCUAUAAUAUACUGGUCGAUGCACACUGCAAAGAAGGGAGGACAACAGAUGCAGAAGAUGUGAUUGCGAUUAUGAUCCAGAAAGGUGUGCCUCCUGAUGUAGUCACCUACAAUACGCUUAUGGAUGGAUUUUGUCUAAGAGGCAACACUGACAGGGCAUUAGAGGUGCUGAAUACCAUGAGGAGUAAUGGGAUAGUGCCAAACUGUUAUAGCUAUACUAUCCUCAUCGAUGGUCUCUGCAAGAACAGAAAACUUGACGAGGCCAGAAAUAUUUUUGAUAAGUUUGCUUCGAGAGGUUUGCAACCUGACGUCAUAACACACAACACAAUGAUCAGAGGACUUUGUCAAGAAGGGUUAGUUGAGGAAGCAAAGGUAUUACUUUCUAAAAUGGAAGUUACUGGUUGUUUACCUGACAGUGUAACUUACAACACGAUCAUCCGUGCAAGUCUUUUAAAUAAAAGAUAUGAAGAAGCAGUUGUAUUGAUAGAGAACAUGCGAGCUCGUAAAUUCCCAGAAGAUGCAUCUUCCACAUCCAUGGUACUAGACCUAUUAUCUAAAGAAGAACAAGACCCCUCUGUUCUUGCUUUCUGCAAAUGGUUUUUUCAAUAGGUACUGAAUUUUACGGUUCAUUGCUUUGUAUUGUCAUAUUUUAUCUUCCUUUAGUUUUCUGCUACAGUAAUAUGUUUUGCUGAGCAAAGAAUUAUUCUAAUUAGCAAUGUAAGGGGUUCCAUCAAUUUGUUAAGAGCUAAUAGACAAUAGAUUUGAGACAGUAAGACUAUGUCUUCAAUUUGUAUUGAGUACAGUCUCUGUUGAAGUUGUCAUUCAGAAUUGAAACUUAGUAUCUCGAUGCCUCUCAUAUACAAAAAGAAGAAAUCAGCAUCUGAAAAUAAUAAAAGAAGCCUAUGUACUACCUCAAAUAAUGCAUAUAUUGAGAUAACUUUAUUCUAGAUAUACUCCUCAGCAAAUAUUUGUAGAAACAUAUUCUUAAAAGAGUCCAGAGGUCAAUAUGUACAACGGAGGAUGAAGACAGAACUGAAGUUUAGUAGAGGCUCUGGAAUUAUUCUUAAUGUGACUUAGAAGCUGAUAGCGGUCAUUAUUGAAGGAGUCAAAAAAUAAUUGGAUUACAUCCCGUGCUAGGCUUUUUAUCUUUAAAUUACUUCUGAUGAUAAAAUUUUUCAACCACAACCUCUCAUGUUUCUUGUUUUGUUGGACUUCCUGGAUGGUUCUGUACUGUAACAUGUACUCCAGGUACAUACUUAAUUGUCUGACUUGGCAACUAAGGGUACUUAUGUUGAGGUGGUUUAGUUAAUAUAUUAUGUUGUCUAAAGUUGUUGUGCCUUGUCAGCUUUGAUAAUGAUGUGAAUGAAUCCUACUAGUUGGAGAACGUUUUUAUAUUCCUCUCAGUAAAUGUUGCUAAAAGUCAGGUUUGCAUGAUGUGUCUGAGUCACUCUGAGGUGGCGAUUGGUGUAAAAUUUCUGAUACUACUAAGAGAAAGAUUGCAGUGAUAUGAGGAGGUCAAUCUAGAGACGGAACAGGUUUGAUAUGUAUGUGGAUACCAAGAGGAACAAGAUUUACUAUCCAGGUUGCUCAAUGUUAGCUACACACCCCCAUGACUCCAAAAGAUGUUAACUACUAAUUUCGUAUAUAUGAUUUUAACUUAUGUGAA